UGAGGCCGAAUGCUGCAUCUAGACUUCAAGACCCUGUAAAUUCGACACUCUGAGGGGUUUGGUUGGCGAGAUCCUGGACUGCUGCCUGUCGGUGCGAGAUUUCUGUCAAUACCGCGGCUCGGAUUGUGUAACCGGCACGAUGGAAGACGACGAUAUGGAUGCGUCGCUUGAUGGACCCAUGUCCAAGCGUGCGUGCGAUGCCUGUAGGACACGCAAGAUACGUUGCGACAGAGGCGUACCAUGCUCGAAUUGCAAAGCAAGCAAGUUAACUUGCAAAACAGCUCCUCCUCAACAGAAAGCGCAACGACAAAGGGUUCACAUUUCUGAAGAAUACGAGAAGAAGAUUGACAGGAUUGAAGACCGCCUAGCGGGCAUUGAGAAUGUUCUUGCCAGUCUCGCGACGAAACUUGGCUCUCUGGACCUCCAGAAAGAUUCGCAAGAAUCUAGCAGCCAGUCGCGCUCGAGUCGAGUUGGCCCUACAAGGAGUCCCGGAAGCGCCCUCGUAGAAGCCCCCACACCUGCGCCAUUCGAGGGUGAAAGCUCUAUCAAUAGUCAGUCAGACUAUGCUCGCGAGAUGCUAGCACAAGCUAUCGGUAGCACGCCCUCUAUCGGGCAGAAUGAAGAAGUCAAGUUGGCACUUACUGCACUUUCGGAGAUGGUCUCCCAGCAUGGUCAAAACCCAACGUCUUCCAACUGGUUGAUCAACCACUCACUUUCCGAUAUUGACCCAUCGAAGCUUGAACGACCGCCUUGGGAUACCGCGUGCUAUGCUUUGGAGAAAGCUAGUGAAUAUCCGACGAUGGCCUUCGCAGUAGUGUUUCCGUUCUUGAGAAUGGCCAAUCUCAAGGACAUAUUCUACGAUGUCUAUCACAACCCAGAAACUUGUAGCGCCGCUCGCCGUGUACUAACCUUCGGCGUUUUGGAGAACGUGUUCAAUGAAUUCCGGACCUUGCCACUGGCCAACAUGGAUGUCACCAACUACCAAACGUACGCCACCAUAUGUCGGCGGCAAACAGAGGUAGCGCUGUCGCAGCUGGCUAUAUUCUUACCAGCAAGCUACGAAAAUAUCAUGGCCUUGGUUCUUGGCGCUGCGCAGGCGGUCGAGAUGUGCAAACCAUCCCUUUGCUGGAUCAUGAUAUCUAGCGCUGCUGGCUUGUGUCAGAGCUUGGGCUAUCAUCGUAUCAACACCAUGAUAGACGACAACCCGGAAGAUAGACAGACAAAGAUCCAUAUCUUUUGGAUGAUAUACAUGUUCGAUAAGACACUUUCCCUACGUUUGGGUCGCUCCAGUGUCCUCCAAGACUGGGAUAUAUCGCUACCGUUCGUAGUAUCCAGCGACCCCAACGACAAGCACGCCGAAUCAAGUGCCUUCUUGUCAUACUGGAUCAAGGUUGCGCGAGUACAAGGCUUGACAUACGAGAAGCUAUUCUGCCCUGCCGCCUUUCUAAAGUCACCCGAAGAGCGAACACGAAUCGCAAUCGAACUUGUCAACAGCCUUAACCAAGCCUGGUACGAGCGUGGGGAUGCGACGAUAAUCGAUUUUGCGCAACAAGGCAAUACGUAUCAUCUCGGUGCGCAACGAUCGACCAAAAUAGGUCACAGUCCAAAUGAGACACCGCUUCCAUCUCAAUACAAGCGCUACAUUCACAAGUCUAAGGGUGUAGGAUCUAAAGUCAGCGAAUACGUUCAGGGCUCUUUCGAGCGAGUCCAGGACAUCUUCUUCCACUCCGACGUCGUCAUGCACUACUCCACCUGCGCACUCAUACAGCGCGCGGUUAGUCCAGGCAAUAUGAGCUUUAAUCAGGAGUGCCUCGAAUCUUCGAGAGCGGCUCUUGUAGCGCAUAUGAGGGCUAGCACACAGUUCAACAAGAAGGGCCAAGAGGACUUGUGGUCGGGAUACGUACACUGGUCGGUUCUCCAGGCACCCUUCACACCUUUCAUCGUGAUAUUCUGCCACUCCAUUCAAAAGGCAGAUACGUUGGACGUUGAAUCAGAUCUUAACUCCCUUGCCGACUUCGUCGCCAGCCUCGAAUCUUGCCGCACGAUCUCCGAAGGUGCAGACAAGCUCUACAAGAUGUGCCAUCUUUUCCUACGGGUUGCCAGACUCUACGUCGCGGCUAAGAAACAGGAUGCAACGUCGAGAUCACAGGGCGUCAUGCAAAAUAAUCAGUCAGGGUACUACACGACCGUUGAUGGCACACAGCUGGACCUCAACGCCAUGUCUCAGUUCGAUCCAUAUCUUAGUGCGCUUGGAUUAAUGCCUGAUACUGCAUGGCCUUCGACAUUCCCCAAUGCUUCGACUGCAUCGACCACGACCGCCUUUGGGCAAGGCCAGGCGAUGGAUAACAUAGAGGCCACUGGCCCGUCGGGUUUUGGCUUUGGCCCGUCUCAAGGAAAUACCAAUCCCAUGCAGGACUGGUUCUCUGGCUCACGCUAUCUCAUGAACCUUAUGGAGCCAGGCGAUGAUCUGCAAAUGCCAGAUCUAGAACUGUAAGAGACGUCAUCGGGAAGGUCGACAUGAUGGCCGGCGUUUAGAAGGCGGCGGACUGCUUCGGUGGGUAUUCUGCUUGUCGCUGACAUAUACCCCACUCUUGACAUUGCUAGAUGUCUACUACUUGCACUCAUAUUUGGGUUUCAUACUGAAGUCUUUCGUGAGAAAGCUUGCAUUUUUGCCUUCUUUGUUUUGCCUUCUUUGUCGGUGACAGUACAUACCAAUCCGGAAUCAUAAAAGCUUGUAUCUCGUAACAUCGUAAACUAUACUCGACUGGAGUACCACACUAUCAGUGCAACUUUCGCUGCAGUCUGCAUCGAAGUAUUGAUUGGUUGUCACGCAGUCUUCGCCACUUCAGG